GGAGUUUGUUCGCUGAGAGCUCACUCCCCCAAGAUGGCGGCCGCUAAGGACGCUUGUGGAUUUGGAGAAAUGGCUGCAGGGAACGGGCGGCGACUCCACCUGGGGAUUCCCGAAGCCGUGUUUGUGGAAGAUGUAGAUUCUUUCAUGAAACAACCUGGGAAUGAGACUGCAGAUACAGUACUAAAGAAGCUGGAUGAACAGUACCAGAAGUACAAGUUUAUGGAACUCAACCUUGCUCAAAAGAAAAGGAGGCUAAAAGGUCAGAUUCCUGAAAUUAAGCAGACUCUAGAAAUUCUGAAAUACAUGCAGAAGAAAAAAGAAUCCACCAAUUCAUUGGAGACCAGAUUCUUACUGGCAGAUAACCUAUACUGCAAAGCUUCAGUUCCUCCUACUGAUAAAGUGUGUCUGUGGUUGGGGGCUAAUGUAAUGCUUGAAUAUGAUAUUGAUGAAGCACAGGCAUUGUUGGAAAAGAAUUUAUCAACUGCCACAAAGAAUCUUGAUUCUCUUGAGGAAGACCUUGACUUUCUUCGAGAUCAGUUUACUACCACCGAAGUCAAUAUGGCCAGGGUUUAUAAUUGGGAUGUUAAAAGAAGAAACAAAGAUGAUUCUGCCAAGAACAAAGCAUAAUGUUGGCAAUCAAAAAUGUUCAGUUUUCCAAACAUGUUAUUUUAAAUACCCCCAAAUUUAUCCUUAAAGAUUGACAUAACUGAUUUUUUAACAGCAAGAAUACCAUUUUAUUUAUUUAUAAAAACAAAACUAGUUAAAAAUAUUUUAUGAAAUAAGCAGGUUUAAGUUUGUUUGUUUCUUUUCACAUUUCCCAACAAAUUAAAUGCUGCUUUCAUCAUUUUUUUUUGGUUGUAAGAAAACUCUUAGCUGAAAUGGCUAAAAACUGUGAGGUCUGCUAUGGUAGCUGAAUGCUGGACGCUUUAGCACAGUUUGCUUUUUCUUUAUUGGCUGAUGUUGCUCUCAUUUGAUGUGGGUAAGUCAAUUUAGAGGUAGGAAAGAGACACUUUGAAUUGUUGCAUUCUCUUUAGUGCAUGUGGGGUUUUAUGGUCCUCUGUUGCAGUGAAUUAGCUUUUCAGAAAUGGGGUUUCAUGAAUUACUGGUUAACCACUAACCAUCUAUUGUAAUAUUCUGGACUUCUCAGGAAAUGGUGAUUUGCAAAAACAGUAAGAGGGCUGUUGAGGCUAUACUUUUUCUUAUCCCAAAUAGGUGCAGUGUCUAUGCAAAGCCAAUAUAAGGGAGAUCUCUGGCCAGUAUGAACUCACUCAAAAGUCUUGACUAAGGCAGUUUUCUAUUUCUUAACAGUUCUUCAAAGCAGCUUAAUAGGAAUAUUAAGAUACAUGUAAAUCUGCAGUGGAAAAAUUUGUGAGCUUUUUUAUUCAUGAUAAAACCUCAUAAGGCUAGUAAGAUAUUCCUGUGAAAAACCAUUGGUAGUGGCUAAGACUGGUUGAUACAGAUUCUGGUAAACCACAAAUGUAUUUCAUCUCCAGGUAGUGAAAAGUAUACCUGUACAAUGUUUUGUACUUGUAUUUCAUGAUAUUAAAACAAUGAGGUUAAAACUGU